UCAGCCGUGAGAGAAGGUGUUUGGUUUCUUUUCUUUUUUUCGCCUUGCAGCUUUCUAAUGGCUCGUACCAAGCAGACCGCUCGCAAGUCCACCGGCGGGAAGGCGCCUCGCAAGCAGCUGGCGACCAAAGCCGCCCGGAAGAGCGCCCCGGCCACCGGCGGAGUGAAGAAGCCUCACCGCUACCGCCCUGGGACUGUCGCUUUGAGGGAGAUCCGUCGCUACCAGAAGUCCACCGAGCUACUUAUCCGCAAGCUGCCUUUCCAGCGUCUGGUGCGGGAGAUCGCCCAGGAUUUCAAGACUGACCUGCGCUUCCAGAGCUCUGCGGUGAUGGCCCUGCAGGAGGCCAGCGAAGCUUAUCUGGUCGGCCUUUUCGAAGAUACCAACCUGUGCGCCAUCCACGCCAAGCGGGUCACCAUCAUGCCCAAAGACAUCCAGCUGGCUCGCCGCAUCCGCGGAGAAAGGGCCUAAAUCAUCAGGACCUCUCGAUCAAAGAACA